UCUUUUUUUCACAUGGGCGUGUUUUGCCAUCAUGGCUCCCAAAUUCUAGAGCUACUCAUAUUUUCCUUGUUAUUAGUUUUCAAGCAACUUACUCAGAAAAUUAUUAGCUCCAUUUCAGUUUGUAGUGCAUUUCCCAAUAGAUCGAAUAUCUAAAAUUUUGGUUUCCUAUAACAUUUCGACGUAGGCCUUUUAGCGAUCGAUAAUAGUUAAUACUUUAAAAGUCUCGGGGGCAACAAAUUUAAUCUGAAAAAUGGUUUCGAGGACUAGAGAAGACUUAUACUCCCUGCUAGAACUCCCAAAGGAUCGGCCACUAAACUUGAAUUUAGAGUUGCACCGUUGCCUGACCUAUCCAUGCGAUUUUGAAAAACGUUAUCCUGGUGUCAAGCCGUUUGAAUUGGCCAACCUCGGCUUCUACUUUACAAAUGAACGUCUGCACUGCCAAUUUUGUGAUAAAUCUGAAAUCAAGGUGGAAAAUCACCUCCAAUUAAAAGAACGUCACAAUUGCGUCAAUUCGUCGAGACAAAACAUUUUCAAAUUCAAAAGUAUGAUUGAAGAUUAUAAAUUCGAAGCGCACCGUCUUCACUCCUUUCAAAACAUGAACUGGGUGAACACAAAUUGUCCCAUUAGCUGGGUUGAACUGGCCAUAGACGGUUUCUAUUUCAUGAACAAGAUAGGAGAAGACACAUGUAAAUGUUACUUCUGCCAAGUUGAAAUUAAAGAAUGGAAGGAAGAUGACACUGUCAGAGAAGAGCACAUUAAAUUUACCAAAAAAUGUUCAUUUCUGAAAAACCCAGCAAUCACGAACAACAUUAUCAUUGGCACUGAAAUCCAACCUUGCAGUAGUGACGGAAUCGGUAAAAAUAAAACUGGCGCACAACCAAUACCUGAAGAUGAAAUGAAGACUAUUGCACAAAAUGCUCCAAAUCCAGCGCCAAAUGGAAACCCUCAACCUGCAGAGUCUCCUGCAAAUGACGUUCCACCAGGUAAUGAUCAAGCAGUCAAUGAAGAAAACCCAGCCAAUGGCGGGGAGCAAUGAGAAAAUGAACAUUUUUGUUUAAAAUUUAUUAUAUAUACACUAUAUAUCACAUUUUUUUCAAUCAUAAAUUUUGUGUCCUUUUCCAUUGACUUUGAGUACUGAGAUGCUUAUAUAAAGUUGAGUGCAGCGAGUAUUUUAAAAAUAUAAGAAAAAUAAAUUGUACAAAAAUUCUUUUAUGAAAAAAUUAUUCAGUUGAAAACUUAUUGCGUUGUGUAAUGAUGUGUUUCUUAAAUAUAGUUUAAGAUAAAUUUAGUUCAGAAAAUUAUACGCAAAAUAUCUUCCUUUAUUAAUAUUUGAUGCUUAUUGAUUAAACGAUUAAACAUUAAGAAUUUAUUCAUUACAUGAUAUAUUACAUAAUAUCACAUAAUAUUAAAAUAUUUGAGCACAAUAAAAACCAAUUAUUGUCACUCUUAGGAAACACGUUAAUCAUUAAAAUGACAAAUUUACUUCCCCGAAAACACUUUUGCCCUCAAUACCCAUCAAUAACAGACUCUUGUUAAUUAUAUUAUUAAUGUAAAUUUCCUAUUCACGAAAACGGCUUGGUGGGCUGGUGGCCCUGAAACACCCUGACAAGAAGGUAUUUGAUAAAGAAACAAAUCUUGCAAAAUUUUGAUACAUUUAUAAAUUAAAAAAAUUACAUAUAUGAAAUAUAUUUCAUUUUAUUUAUACUUACUACAAUUUGAGUUCAUGUGAUUAGUUUUGGUUAUUAGAAAAUAUAUUUUCUAAUAACCAAAACAUAUAUGUUACAAAAAGUUGUAUUUUUAUGCUUUAGUGGUGGUUGAUGUAUUUUAUGUUUGUAUUUUAUACAGAUAACAAUAAAGGUGAUAAAUUAUAA